UCUGCUCCUAAGCCUGGAAAGGAAGUUCAGUCUAGUUCCAAGUUGGGCUGAGUGUCUGACAUUCGCCGCCGGAGGAAGGAGCAAGACCUCCUAAUCUGCGGCAAUGCCACGCGUCCGACCCGGCUCGUCCUCCAGCACCGUCUCCUCACGCGCCAACCAGCUGCUAAACAAACUCAAGGAUCAUCUGGGCUCUGGGACGCUCCAGCCGGAGCGCGCACACCAACUGUUCGACAAAUUGCUGCGCCAAACCGUUCCGGUAUCAGCGUUCGCACUCAAUGGCUUAUUUGCCGCCCUCGCGCGUGCGCUGCCCUCCGCUGCCUGCACCGACGGCCCUGCUCUAGCCAUUGCUCUCUUCAACCGCAUGGCUCGAGAGGGCCGCCGGGUGAUAGAGCCCAACAUUUACACCUACAACAUACUAAUUGACUGCUGCUGCCGCUCGCGCCACCCUGACCUAGGUCCCGCCUUCUUCGGCUUCCUCCUCAAGACAGGCAUCAAGGCGGACAUCAUCACCUUCAACAGCCUAUUGAAGUGCCUCUGUGACAUGAUGCAGAUGGAGGAGGCCCUCAACAUGCUGCUCUACAGGAUGCCUGAGCUGCCUGAUAGCAUCUCCUACUCAAUAAUUAUUAAGAGCUUAUGUGACAAUGGGAGGAGCCAAUGUGCACUUGACCUGCUCCGGAUGAAGGCCAAAAAGGGAGCUGACCACUACCCUGGAUUGGUGGCAUACAACAGGGUAAUCAAUGGCUUAAUUAAGGAGGGUGAACUAAGCAAAGCAUGCUCUCUAUUCCAUGAAAUGAUGCAGCAGGGGGUCGUGCCUAAUGUGGUGACGUAUAGCUCCAUUAUCGAUGCAUUGUGCAAAGCAGGAGCAAUGGACAAGGCAGAGGUGGCCCUUCGACAAAUGGUUGGUAAUGGUGUUCGACCGGAUAUUUUUACAUAUACUAGCCUGAUCCAUGGAUAUUCCAUUUCAGGCCAGUUUGAAGAGGUCGUUAGGUUGUUGGAAAAAUUGAGAAGUCAAGGUGUCAAACCAACUGUUUUUACUUGCAACACAGUCAUGGACUACCUUUGCAAGCAUGGAAAAAUCAAAGAAGCUGCAGAAUUUUUUUAUUCCAUGCCUGAGAAGGGCCAUAAACCUAAUAUAGUGUCAUACUCUAUUAUGCUUUAUGGGUACGCUAAAGAAGGAUCCCUUGUUGAAAUGACUGAUCUCUGUGAGCUGAUGGCAAGAGACGGUAUUGUACCCGAUCUCCAUUGUUUAAACAUACUGAUUAAUGCAUAUGCUAAGUGUGGAAUGAUGGAUGUAGCUAUGCUUUUCUUCAAAGACAUGUUGAAGCAGGGAGUGAACCCUGAUGAAGUCACAUAUUUAGCUGUGAUAACCGGGUAUUGCAGAGUGGGCAUGAUGGAUGAUGCUAUGGAAAAAUUCAAUGAGAUGAUCGAUAUGGGAGUACCACAUAACUCAACUGUUUACAGGUGCAUGAUUCAGGGUUACUUAAAUCAUGGUGAUUUCUUGAAAGCAAAGGUAUUGACUACUGAAAUGAAGACCAAGGGUAUCCAUCCUAGACCACGGAAAAGCCAAAGAAUUGAUUCAGGGUACCUCAUGACACAACUAUUUACAGGUGCAUGAUCCAGGGCUAUUUUCGUCAUGGUGAUUCAAAGAAUUGGUUACCGAAAUGAAGAACAAGAAUAUUGGUCAUAGGCUGCAGAGGGGUAAUGGUAAUGGAAGGAUACAUUAUCUUUGACUUGGUUAAACCCACUGGUGAGAGGCCUGAUGCUAUUACAUUUACUUCAGUUACCAGUGGAUAUUUCCUAGUUGCCAAGAUGGAAGAAGCUUUCAGAAUACCUAAUGCUAUGGUACCGGUUGGUGUGAGGCCUAGUUUAAUUAUGCAGCACUUCUCGGUGGCUGUUGCAAAAAUGGAAGAAUCGAUGCUGGGCAAAAGUGUUAGCCUGUAUCUUACAAUUUAUGUUUCUGGCAUCAUAUUGGAUGGAGAACUUUGUUGCAUUAUUUCAAUUAUUGUCGCAGCAAAAACUUCUUACUGUUUCAUGUGUUAC